UUAAUCGAUCCAAAGUAUUAGGCCAAGUGACUAAAACUGGCGUGUGUUUCGUCCGUUUUCGUGUCUAGUUUCAUGUUAACUUUCUGUCGGAAACAAAAUGUUGCCAUUUAAAUAAAGGAUGUAUUGCUUCAGAAUAGUUUGAUUCUACAGUGCGAUUACAUGUUUUCUAUGCAGCAAUUUUGCCGUUUGUAAAAAUGCUGACGUUGAUGACCACUGACGUUUUGACGGCAUGUGAUGCAUGAACACGUGCACGGUGCAAAAGUACAGUCAGAAAAUAUUAACUGGAAAACCCUACUUCGAUUUCACGCGUUCAGCCGUCACAAACCAGGAAGCAGUCGACAACCUGCAGCCGGAGUUUCUAGGGUUGCGGAAUUUACCUGACCUUUCGUGUUUGAAUGGGAAUCACAUGCCUAAACCUAAACAUGUCAAACCACUGGCUAGCUCUCGCUAUUUAAACUCCAAAACUAGCUCCAGACCUUAGUAUUUUCAUCGCGGUUCAAGUGCAUGUAAUUUUGAGCACAGAUCACGGUGCCCAGCGUUAAAAAGUGAAAUCAUAUAAUAGCCCACGGGUUACCGCUGCUAGGUAAGCUAUGCAAAAUCAUUUCUUUGCAGUUUAAUAGGCUACAUUAAACUAUAUUGGCUAACUCCGUGAUUAGGCUACAAAAUUGAUUUGUUGAAAGUUUGACUCUUUAGGCUACGUGAAUUUACUUAGGCUGUUGAAGCGUAUACAUAGGCUAUCAAAAUAGCUACCACUUUAUUUACAAAACGUAUUGCACUAUUUUGCAGAGACGAAAUGUCGGCUGUAGUGAUAGUGGACCUCUUUCACAGUCAUUGUCUCCAGUACAAUGUCUGUCUGCAGAAACGCGUCAAGACGGCAGCAACUUUCAUAGGCGAAAGGAAGUACGAACGUGUGUAUGUUAUGCUUCAAACGCAUGACCAAAAUAAUACGAGCAGCCCAAGAGAUACCACGCGAGCCCAACUACAAGAGCUCACACAAAUGAAUGAAAUUACUUGCGUAUUGGAGCACGGUUCUGUGGCCGCCUCGCUGUACUUCUUCAAACAAGCAGUGGAUGAGCUCGACCAGAGCGCUGUUCUGGUCCUAACAUCCACCCGGAGGAUAGCUGAACUGAAGGCCUACCAGGAGCGCCUGUUCACCGCGCUGUACACCUUUGAGUACGCCGCGGUCUUCGACGAGUGCCCGUCCAACGCCGCGGAAGCCCACACCGACGCCCAGGUUGAGGAGCAGGUCGCCAUUUUCGUGCGCCAGCUGCCGGUCCUGAAAGGGGAGAUCUCUGUCCUUCGGUCCUCGUUAAUAUCAGACUGCUUCUCCCACGGUUUCACCACCAGGACCGGGGGGGUGUCCUGCAUCCCCUCCCUCAGCGCGCUCAACCUCUUCUGCAGCUCACGCCGACGGGACCCCAAGGCCGUCGUCGCCGAAAACCUGCGUCGCCUGGGCCUUCACGCUGGCUUCGACCCCGAGAAGUUCCACCUCAUAAAGACAGACCACGCCAGCGACGUGUGGGUGAUGGGCAAGCCGCCACCGAGCAGCUACGACGGGAUCGUGACCAACCGAGUGGGCGUGGUCAUCGCGGCGCCUGGCGCGGACUGCAUGCCCCUGCUUUUCACCGACCCCGUGGCCAAGGUCAUCGGCGUGGCCCACGCAGGGUGGAAAGGUACCUUAAUGGGGAUUGCCAUGGCAACGGUCAGCGCCAUGGUGACAGAGUUUGGCAGCAAGGUGACCGACAUCGUCGCUGUGAUUGGCCCGUCCGUCGGACCCUGCUGCUUUUCAUUGGACAAGGAGUCGGCCGAACACUUUCACUCUAUCGACCCAUCCUGUGUCAGGGGCAGAGGGUCAGCAAAGCCAUACAUCGACAUCAGACUGGCCACGAGAAUUUUACUCCAGCAAGGUGGCCUCCUCCCCCAUCACAUCCAGGACGACCGUGUGAGUGAUAGGCCCAACCUCACCCUGUGCACUGCCUGCCACCCCGAACAAUUUUUCUCCCACGUCCGCGAUGGAAACCACUUCGGCACGCAGAUCGGCUUCCUGUGGAUAAAGGAGCCCAAUAACAGCCCUCUGUGAGGUCACUGGUCACAUGGCCACUGGACUUCACUCAACAUCAACGGCCAAAGGACCAGUCAUCAGUUAUACAAUUGAGUUCAUUUUAGUUAUUUAAAAAAAUUAAACAUUCUUUGGAUUUUGACUGUGCUAGAUAACCCUUUUUUUAAGCUUUAGAUGGAGAUUUUUAAAAAGUUAUUAUUGUUCUUAUUUUACAAUGAUGAGAGGUUUCUGGUCUCGUAAAGCCCUUCAUUAUAGCAAAAUAGUGUAAUGUAAUAAUGUAAGGGACCUGGGGUUGUAACAUGAAGGUUGGCAGUUUGAUUCCCUGGUAGGAUGCUGCUGUUGUACCCUUGAGCCAGGUACUUAACCCGCAUUGCUUCAGUAAAUAUCAAGCUGUAUAAAUGGAUGCUAUGUUUAAAAAAAAGGAAAAGGUUGUGCAAGUUGCUCUCGAUAAGAAUGUUGGCAUUGCGAAAUGGUAUUAAGGUAACAUAAUGUACAGCAAGGGAUCCAGGCUCUGUAAAGGGAGGGAUCCAGUAAGGCUCUGUAAAGGAAGGGAUCCAGUAAGGCUCUGUAAAUGGAGGGAUCCAGCAAGGCUCUGUAAAGGGAGGGAUCCAGUAAGGCUCUGUAAAGGAAGGGAUCCAUUAAGGCUCUGUAAAGGAAGGGAUCCAGUAAGGCUCUGUAAAGGGAGGGAUCCAGUAAGGCUCUGUAAAGGGAAGGAUCCAGUAAGGCUCUGUAAUGGGCAGGGUGAAUGUGUAAGAGGACAGGUCAGGUUUAAGGGGGACAGGGCAGGUUUAAGGGGACAGGGCUGGUUUAAGGGUAUGGCAGGUUGAAGGGGGACAGGGCUGGUUUAAGGGGACAGGGCAGGUUUAAGGGGGACAGGGCUGGUUUAAGGGGACAGGACUGGUUUAAGGGGGACAGGGCUGGUUUAAGGGGACAGGACUGGUUUAAGGGAACACUGGGAGGCAUCAGUCUGCUCAGUCUAAAGUCUCCGUGUGGUCCUGCUGGGAUGAUUGUGAUGCUCUGCAGUCGGCUGAGCCAAGAGUUAGGAGUUCAGUAUCAACAUUUUCACUUCACCUUUGCUGUGGAAGUAUUUGCACCUUUUCUUCCCAACUGUUGGUUAAGUUAGUUUGGCAAAUUACUAAAUUAAUAUCUGUGAGGAAUGACAAAAAGAUCACUCUUGUUUUUGAUUGGUCAAAUUCAAGGACAAAUUCAAGGGUUGAAUCCUAGCUAUAGUCAGUUGCUAGUUUACAGAUGCUAUUCACAUUGAUAAAUGUAUUCAUAAAUAAAUGUCUGUUCAUGCUGUGUAUUUUUGGUGAAAUAUUUGUAUAUAAUGGCAAUAAAUCAUGUUUUUAAUCAUU